AGAUCUUUUGGUGCGGCACCAGAGACUUGUGCACGGCGCAGAAAAAGCACCGCCAAAAGUCAAGUCAAAUGUACCAAGAGACCAAGACAAGAGUCACAAGAGCCUACAAGGAACAGGUAAGGCUCUCCAAAGAGUCUUUUGCGAAGCAUACCUGACUGUAAAGCAGCUCUGCCUUCACCACGGUACUCUCCCGCAACCGGUCCUCUCGCCGAUGAGCUCGCAUCCCCGUACACCACUUCCAUGGAGACGACCGAAGAUACGUUCUCAAGCGCGUUUCCGGACCCCUUACAACAGCUCAAGCAGGUUAGAUUAGUUGGUGAUAAGGAUGUCUCUGUCCUUCCCAUGGAAUAUGGAGAAGGCGAUGCAGAAUGGCCAGUCUUCACAGACCCAUUUUUCGAGUGGCCAUCUCAGCAAAUGGCGAAAUUCGCUCUUCCCCACCUUGAUAGUCAACUCGUGGAUGGAUUCUCGCCCCUGGAAGAACUCUCGAAACUAUUCACUGGCAAUAAUGAUUUGUUCAGUGACCUUGUUCCCAACCUCGUUAGUGACCACCGAACCUCACAGCCUACUACAGAAAAGAGCAGGCCCAUCUCAGUGAAAGUUAAUCGCCCAGUCCUCCAAGCAACAGGACAUCAAAAACCCCCGUCUUCCAUUCGCCUCACCAAGGAGACGCGUGAGAGAUUUCUCAAAGAAUUGUCAGGUCAAAUAUCUCCAGACCUUCUCAAAGUCAUGACGUCCUUUGCCACGGUACUGUACGAACGCUGUCUUCAACGAUACUUCGCAAUCUUCAACACUCACUGCCCACUGUUUCACCUCCCAUCAGUUGAUCUCGACAAGAUUCCAACACCAUUGCUGCUCUGUAUUUGUGCAAUCGGUGCAAUAUAUCGGAUGGAAAGGAAGAUUGCUGCAAUCUUCUACAACGCUGCACAUUGUAGUUUGGAGAAUAUCAGCCCGCUCAGCUCUGGCAGAGGACCUUCUCUACAAGGACUGCUUCUUCAGGAUUGGAUCAAGCCUGCUUCUUCGAAAAGCAACGAUUCCCCAGCUCUUCCUCUCUGGAUCGGACAGACAAAACUGCUCCUGGCAAUGUUCGAGACAUUCAGUGGGGAUACAGAAUUAUCUUCAAUGGCUGUCCAUCGCGUUGGAUUUUUCGUCUGGGAUUUCCGUGCUCGUUUGAUAUGGCUUCGAUCGAAUCCAACUGAGAAUCAAGACGUAUCAUGGGAUGCAUGGGUUGAAAGAGAAUCUGUCAAGAGACUCAUGUACGGCUAUAUAUACCUUUGCAACCUCUCAUCGAUGCUUUAUGGAUUCGCCUCAGGCUUCUCAAUGUUGACAGACGGCAACGUUGAGAUGCCUUGCCACCACACCCUAUGGGACUCUCCAAAUGCACAUACCUGGCGCGAGAACGCCAAAGUUCAUGGACUCGUCUCGCUGUUACGAUUGAAAGAUGCUGUAUCGCGAUUGCUCGAUGUGACGCUGUCCCAUGACAUUCCAGAAGAGUAUUGGGAAUGGGAUCCAUACUCAUGCUACGUUGCCGUGAAUGCGGUAUCAAUUUAUGUGUCGCAUAUGACACAAGGUCUGUAUCUUUUGGGAGAAAGAUCCAAUUAUGGUAGCGAUGCGAAUCAUUUCCAGGUUUCCAGUAUCACGACUCAGAUGGAGACUGCAAUCAGUAAAUGCCUCCUGCUAAUCAAAGAUGCGAGAGUCAGAGCCGAUGAGUCCUACGUCUGGGACGACACAGAAGGGCCUUUACUAUUCAACUCAUUGGCGAUGCUAAGAGUGAGUUAUUGUCGGAUUAUGACGAGGGCGGAAUCUGCAUCUCGUGGAAUGCUCUUCCGUGUGAAUGAGAAUGAGACGGAGCAAGCGAUACAGCAGUUCUUGUCUGAACCUAUGGAGUGGAGUCUAUAUUUGAAUAGUGCUGUCUCCGUGGCCUUGGAGGGAAUUUUGAUACCGUCGAAGAUUGGAAAGAGCUUGGUGAGGAAGACUGCUGCGUUUACGUGGGCUGUUGAACACGCCUUUGCUGGUUGGGACUCUAUCCUUCUUUUGACCAAAUGGGUUCACGGCCAAGAGGUAAUGCAGCGACGAGGCAUUGGACUCGAAGAAGCCGACACCCAGAUUAUACAGCGAGUACGCGACAUGCUUGCAGAAGACAUUGAAGCAAACGAUCUGGAAACAUCGCUGGCUGCCACAUUGACCCGAUCCUGGGCAGACUUCUACGACGAUACGUGGAUAUGGGGCGUAACCCCGAAAAUGGGCACCAUCCUGAGACAGCUUUCAGAGCAUUACGAGAAUAAAGUGAAAUGAUACCGGCCAAAUAAGGACACGUGGGAACUUGCCGACACAAAUAAAUGAAGGAUGAAACAAGAAUUAUGAUCUCAGAAUCAACCCAGGAGCCUCAGACACCUAUCUCAAUAUGCCCAUUAGAAACAUGAUGCUGAGCAAUCUCCAAGGAAUCUCAUCACCGAUCAUCAGGAGUCCAACCACACCACGUACAAGGGCCGCCGACGAGCCUAGUUGGAUCCCAAGAAAGUCAAGACGGCCUCAUCACUUGCCCAUGUGAUGUUUCGUGGUAGUAGCGAGGAUUUGGAAGAGUUACGACUGAGCUGUGGCCAGAUGAGCGGAAAGAAUUGAGCUCGUGGGCGAGAAGGGGUGCCUUUGACUCUUGAAAGAAAGGAGCAGGCUAAAUUUAGCAGGGGUAGUAGGCGAGGAACUGUUGUGACUCAUAUCCACCGAAGAUGAAUGGUGAAUACUGGGAAGACAUGCUGGAGUUCACUUCGAAUUUGUUUCGGCUGUACGACAUAAUAUCUAGUCCCCGAGAUGUUGCUUCGGCCAUCCGAAUAACUUCGUCCAACACUAUGUCCCCCUCAACAUCUCCCUGAUUUGAACAUAGACAAAAAUGACCCUAAAUCCCACUCCUCAAUGUCGGCAUUUUCCACUGCAUGCGCCAGCAUGCAGUGCUUCGGAAUUCCUCGAUGUAGCCUUGAGACAGUUGCCUCGGCUCCCCUGUCUCCUAUAGAGUAAAGAGGAAGCCGAGGAAGGAACGCAAAAAUUGGAUGAGAAUUUGGUAGGUGAUUGUGGGGCUCGCAAGCGAUCACUCAUGAGCCGACUCGGUGUUGAGGUAUUGAAGUGAAUUCCAAGCAGGGAUUUAGAGUCUCUAAGCUGGCAUAGAUUAAUUUCUACAUACCAUCGUACUGGCCUAUUGCUAUAGUUAUGCAUAGAUUGCUAAGACGCAGAAUCGCAGAGGCUGGUGCAAAUUGACCGCCAAUCCGAGAUGCAUCUUUUUGUUUAUUUUCGUCGUUGUGACUCGCUUAAAAGCUGGAGUUUUUGCAAGUUGAACGCGGAAACAAAAAAUCUUAUCUUUGAAGAUCUUAUUAGAGGAGCAAAUUUUGCAUUGAAUAGUCUUUAAAAGAGACAAGUCCCACAUUAUUAGAUACCGAAAAAAGUCGGGGUGGCACAGUAUAAUACUUCAUUCAUAAUUU